UGCGCAUGCGUGUCCUGUCGUGUCUUCGUCACGUGUGUUUUGUCCUUCGUGUUUGAGCAGGAUGUCGUUUUAAAACUCUUUUUUAAAUUCACUGUUUUCAUGCGUUUUUGUUCCUAACGCGUCCGGUCCGUUCCGCUCGUCCUCCACGCGCCUCAGGACUGACUCGGUGGUGACUCGGUGGGGCUGACAGACAUGCUCCCUCAGUUCCUGGUCCGGGUCCGGUUCUUCUGGAGGCCGCUGUUCCAGGGCCGGUACCUGCUCGUCACCAACACCGUGAGCUCCGGCGGGAUGCUGGGACUCGGAGACGCGCUGCAGCAAACCUGGGAACAACACAAAGACCCGAGACACCGCAGGGACUGGAGCAGGACAGGUCGUAUGUUUGUGGUGGGCUGUUCUCUCGGGCCUCUGCUCCACGUCUGGUACUCGUGGUUGGACCGGGUCAUGACGGGUCGGGCGCUCGCCACCGUCGGGAAGAAGGUCCUGGUGGAUCAGCUGGUGGCUUCUCCGGUCAUGGGGCUCUGGUACUUCGCAGGCAUGGGUCUGGCAGAGGGACGCUCCUUUUUUGACGGAUGCAACGAGUUUAAAGAGAAGUUCUGGGAGUUUUAUAAGGCAGACUGGACCGUGUGGCCGGCCGCUCAGAUGAUCAACUUCUACUUCCUGCCUCCAAAGUUUCGAGUGAUUUACAUCAACACAGUGACGCUGGGCUGGGACACGUACCUGUCCUACCUCAAACACAGAGAUCAGAGACAAGAUCCAGAGCUGAUCUCAGACUCUUCAGUCCAGACUCCACCGGCCUCAGAGCCCACAGACCUGAAGCAGAAGACCUGAGAAGACCACAACCCUACACCAGAAGACCAGAGAGAACCACAGACCUGCAGCAGAAGACCUGAGAAGACCACAGACCUACACCAGAAGACCAGAGAGAACCACAGACCUGCAGCAGAAGACCUUAGAAGACCACAGACCUGCAGCAGAAGACCAGAGAGAACCACAGACCUGCAGCAGAAGACCAGAGAGAACCAGAACCCUACACCAGAAGACCUAGAAGACCAGAACCUUACACCAGAAGACCUGAAACAACCACAAACCUGCAGCAGAAGACCAG